AUGUCGGGCGAGCCCGCCGCGUCGCCGGCGCCGGCGGAGCAGGCCGAGGCGCGGCCCAUCAAGCCGAAGAGCACGCUGGAGUCGGGCGCGGAGUUCCCCAAGUCGAUCACCCUCCAGGACGGGACGCAGAUUCCUGUUGGACUCCCACCAGGCGUUGAACCAGCCCAAGGCAAAAAAGCAAUUGAGUUUCUGAAGGCAAACCCAGAAUAUGCCCAGCACACCAUGAAGCAAGUCAACAGGGUUCUACAGAAUCCAGCGAUGGCACAACAAAUAUUUAGGAUGCAGGCCAUGAUGUCAACCCCAGAAUAUCAGCAACAGAUGGCUGUCUUGAAAGAGGAUCCUGAGCUGAAGGGCAUGUUCGAUGAAAUCAAGAAGGGAGGCCCUGAGGCCAUCGACAAGUACUGGAAUGACAUGGAUCUGAUGAGCAAGAUCUCCAAGAAGAUGGCUGCCCUCAAGAUGGGUGCUGAGAAUGGACAAAAGCAGGAAGAUGUCAAGGUGGAUUCUCUGGAAGCAGCAGCGAAAGUGGGAGAUGCCAAGGCAGUGAAGAAGUACAUAGCUGAAGGGGCAGAUGUGAACAAGAAGGACAGCCGGGGUAUCACACCUCUGGGCGUUGCUGUUGGCUUCAACAGGAUAGACGCAGUCAAGGAGCUGCUGGCCGGUGGUGCAGACGUCAGCUUGACUGAUAAUCAAGGCAACACUGCCCUUCAUUAUGCAGCAGGUUAUGGCCGAGUGGAGUGUGCGGAGAUGCUGAUGAAGGGUGGCGCAGAUCCAAAGUCCAUGAACAAGAACAACCAAACUCCUUUGGAUGUCGCAGAGCUGAACAGAGAGACGGUGAUGAUCGAGUUCCUGAAGAAACACACCCACACCGAGGACAAGUAUGUGUGA